UCUUCUCAAUACCCACCAACCAAAAUUGUCUCUUCAACAAUAACAUUAUCUCCCCUCGGUAGCCUUUUCUCAAUCUCAAAAUUUGGGUUUUAUUGUGUGUCUCAUAUACUCACUUCUCCCUGCCUUGUUGGACGCAAAAAUCGUCAUCUCUCCUGUUUUUCUGGGUCUUUUCACAAUACCAAGAUUUGAUUCUUGGGUUGGGUUUAUUGCCAACCGCUUUGGGCUUUUUUGUGGGGGAGGAAUUAGUGUUCAUUUCUUUCUGUCCUCAAUUUAUCAAAUGGGUUCAGCGGUUUCCCCUAUGAUUGUAAGCUAGAAGAUUCGAUUUUGAAGGAAUUUUUCAAGCUUCCAAGAUCAGGGAAUCAUGGAAUAUGUUUCAGUUUGUGUUAAUUAGUAGUGUGUUUGACAUUUGAAUGGAGAUGAAGAACAUCAGCAAUUGGGUUUUCGCUCAGUUAGUUUCUGGUUCAUUUGUCUUGCCAAGGCCUUUGUCUAGCAGUUUGGAAGAAUCUCGGAAUGAGGAGUUUUCUUCUUCAGGCUCCACACAAAAUGCUGGUGUGGUAGCAUCGCAGGUAACCUCUGAUUUGUUGCCUUCUCCGAACAGCGGUCAAGAGAGCCCAAUGGAUUCGUCUUCACAACAAGUUCUCGCUGACCAUUCCUCUCCCUCUUCUGGUUCUACUGAUAGAAUAAAGUUGGAUCCAUUGUCAAAGAUUGAGGCACUUCAAGUAAAUUUCUUCCGCAUUCUACAACGGCUUAGGCAAUCACCUGAAGAUAUUCUUGUGGCUAAGGUCCUAUAUCGGAUUCAUCUAGCAACUUUGAUAAGAGCAGGGGAAUCAGAUUUGAAUAGAAUUAAUCUUAGAAGUGAUAAAGCUAGAGCUUUAGCCGCAGAACAAGAGGCUGCUGGACGACCUGAAAUUGAUUUUUCUCUGAGAAUACUUGUCUUGGGAAAGACAGGUGUUGGUAAAAGCGCUACAAUUAACUCAAUUUUCAAUCAGACAAAGGCUAUGACGAAUGCUUUUAAGCCUGGUACUGAUCGCAUCCAAGAGAUUACUGGUUUUGUGAAUGAUAUUAAAUUAACAGUUAUUGACACUCCUGGAUUCUGGCCAUCCUCUGCACGUAAUGUAAGAAGGAACAGGAAAAUUAUGCUUUCUAUAAAAAGAUAUGUCCAAAAAUAUCCACCUGAUGUUGUUUUGUAUCUUGAACGCCUCGAUACUAUGAGCAAGGGCUAUAAUGACUUCCCCCUCUUGAGGCUUAUGACGGAAGUUUUUGGGUCUGCAAUGUGGUUCAACACCAUUCUUGUCAUGACGAAUGCUGCAGCAGCACUUCCUGAGGGAUCCACUGGCUCUCCCAUCAAUUAUGAAUCUUAUGUGGCACAUUGCACAGACCUGUUGCAACGGUAUAUACAGAUGGUGGUUUCUGAUGCCAAGCUUGAAAACCCAGUAGUUUUGGCUGAAAACCAUUCAUGUAGGACAAAUACCUCUGGAGAGAGAAUACUUCCGAAUGGGCAGGUAUGGAAAAAACAGUUGCUGUUAUUGUGCACGUGCACUAAGGUACUUGGUGAUGCUAAUUCCCUUUUGGGACUCCAGAAUAGCAUUGAACUUGGGCCAUCUAAUAACUCUCGGAUGCCUUCACUGCCCCAUCUGCUUUCGUCUUUUCUACAGCAACGCCCGUCAAUGGCAGAUGGAACAGAUGAAGUUGAUGAAUAUUCUGUUUCAGAUAGUGAAGAGGAUGAGUAUGAUCAGUUACCUCCUAUCCGCAUUCUGACAAAAAUGCAGUUUAAGAAGCUGAGUCAUUCUCAGAAGAAAGAUUACCUCGAUGAACUGGAUUACCGAGAAACCUUGUUUUUGAAGAAGCAAUUGAAGGAAGAGUCACGCAGGAGGAAAGAAAAAAAGCUUUUAGGGGACAGAACAGAAUCAGAUGCUCCUGAAGAAGCAGAGGAUGUACAGCUGCCUGAUAUAGCAGUCCCUCCAAGUUUUGACUGUGAUUCUCCUGUAUAUAGAUAUCGAGGUGUUGUAAUGAGUGAUCAAUGGCUAUGGAGGCCUGUGCUAGAUCCCCAGGGAUGGGAUCAUGAUGUGGGCUUUGAAGGAAUCAACUUGGAAACAGCCGUUGAAAUUAAAAGGAAUUUAACUGCUUCAGUAUCUGGACAAAUGAGCAAGGACAAGCACGAUUUCAAUAUUCACUCCGAAUGUGCUGCAGCUUAUACUGAUCCCAGAGGACCCACAUACUCUGUAGGCCUUGAUAUCCAAUCAUCUGGUCAUGAUAUGUUCUACACUUUUCGAAGCCAUGCAAAAUCAGGAUACUUGAAGCAUAAUGUCGCUGGGUGUGGAGUUUCUGUGACGUCAUUCCAGAAUAGGUACUAUAUUGGUACUAAGCUUGAAGAUUCCCUACACAUAGGUAAGAGACUAAAAUUUGCAGCAAAUGCCGGUCAAAUAGCGGGUGCUGGGAAUGCUGCAUAUGGCGGGGGAUUUGAAGCUACUAUAAGAGGGAGAGACUACCCCGCAAGGAACGAUAAAGUCAGCAUGACCAUGAAUAUUCUGUCUUUUAACAAAGAGUUAGUCUUGGGUGGAAGUUUUGAGUCAGAGUUCCGUCCAAGCCGAGGUACAAGGCUGUCAGUUAAUGCCAAUUUGAAUAACCGGAAUAUGGGCCAAGUUUCUAUCAAGACUUCUAGCUCCGACCAUGUGCAAAUAGCUUCCAUCGCAUUGUUCACCAUUCUCAGGGCUAUUUUCCGGAAAAGGGAACCUAAAUAUGUACUUAUUGAAGACCAGGAGGCUGGGUAAUAUCAUCUUGCUGUCUAGUCCUGGACUUCAUGGUUGAGUUUUGACCACUGAAGCGAGGAAAUGAUGUUUUCCCCCAGAAUGGCAGAAACUGAUAAACUAUCAUCCUUUUUUGUAGCAGCACACAAGAUGUAUUCAUCGGCAUUUCCAAUUAGUGAGAUUCGAGGAACACAACCUAGUUGUUUGUAUAGUUCAUUGAGGAGAGUAGUACUUGCUCAUUUUGAUCAUGAGUGAAAGAAUCAAGAGGUAAUCUUAUGAUCUUAUACAAUAAAAAAUGUUUGUAUUUCAGCUGAUAAAUUGCAUCACAAUUCACAUUAUACAAGUCUCUGGAAUCUGAUAGCACAUUUUUGGGAAGUGAUAUGAGAGCACAACAAAACUGUGCUCUACUCACAUAAAGGUGUACCAAAAUCAGUUCCGCGCAUUUUUCUCCUUCCAUCAGUCUUUUUUGUUUGUUUGACGUGAUCCAGCACAUUGUUUUUUUGUUUCAAUGUUUUUGCUGGUGUUGAGAUGUACAUGUGUUAUUUUGUGCUAGUACAGCAGUAGUUCAGACU